AACCCAUUAAAUAUUAGGAGGCUGAAUAGCUAAGUGCACAAUUUUGUUUAUGAACGGAACGGAACUUUGAAAGUCUUUUAAUGUCAAGUGUCGUAGUGCUUGGUGUAUGAAGAUAAAAUUUUCAAAAUGGGCAAGGUUAAGUGCUCAGAACUGCGCACCAAGGACAAAAGGGAGCUAUUCAAACAGCUUGAAGAGCUUAAGACAGAGCUGACAAACCUUCGGGUUGCUAAGGUCACUGGUGGAGUAGCGUCCAAGCUGUCAAAAAUCCGUGUAGUAAGGAAAGCAAUCGCCCGUGUCUACAUUGUGUACCACCAAAAAAUGAAGGUAAACCUCCGCAAUCACUACAAGAACAAGAAAUACAAGCCUCUUGACCUCAGAGUGAAGAAGACCCGUGCGAUGCGUAAGGCCCUCACAAAACACGAGAUGAAGAUCAAGACAAAGAAAGAAAUCAGGAAGAAGUCCCUGUUCCCUCCUAGAGUGUACGCUGUUAAAGCCUAAAUAAAAUUAUAAGACUUCA